UUGGAGCCAGAUCUUGCCUAUGCGUGUGUCGUUUGGUCUCUUUUAAUACGCUGCCCUGACUUGCUUGACGCGAAGGGAGUAUGCAUCUGGAGAUCAAAGUUGCUCUUAACUUCAUCAUCUCCUACCUGUACAACAAGCUUCCUCGGAGGCGGGCGGACCUGUUCGGUGAGGAGCUCGAGCGCCUGCUGAAGAAGAAAUAUGAGGGUCACUGGUACCCGGAGAAGCCUCUGAAGGGCUCUGGCUAUCGCUGCGUUCACAUCGGGGAGACGGUGGACCCGGUGGUGGAGCUGGCGGCCCGGCGCAGCGGGCUGGCCGUGGAGGAUGUGCGUGCCAAUGUGCCCGACGAGCUGAGUGUCUGGAUUGAUCCCUUUGAGGUCUCCUACCAGAUCGGCGAGAAGGGCUCCGUCAAGGUCCUCUACCUGGACGACAGCGAGGGCUGCGGCGCCGUGGAGCUGGACAAAGAGAUCAAGAGCAGCUUCAACCCCGACGCCCAGGUGUUCGUCCCCAUCGGCAGCCAGGACAACUCGCUGUCCAACUCUCCAUCCCCCUCCUUCGGGCAGUCUCCCAGCCCCACCUUCAUCCCCCGUUCAGCCCAGCCCAUCACCUUCACCACCGCCACCUUCGCCGCCACCAAGUUCGGCUCUACCAAGAUGAAGAAG